AUACAACCAACCGCCAUAUCGACAAAAAUCCAAUACUGUUCCAAAUCACUUAAUCGACAAUUUAAUACGGUUAAAUACAUCGGGACGGAGACUUCACAGGCAGUUCAGUGGCGAUUCCGGCAGCAACAUGAAGUUCUUUGUUUCCCUGUUCGUGUUCGCUGUUUCAGUAGCAACAAUCAACGCUAUUUGCUUGCACUGCCGUAACCAGACUGGCAAUUACCAAGAAAUCAAAUACGAAGGUCUGAAAACUUUGGAAGAUUCUCAUCAAGACGUCGAGUUGUCCAAGGAUGUUGGCCAACAAAUUAGAAUUAUUCUGAAAGCGAGUCAAAAGUAUCAAUUAUACGUCGAACAAGCCAAAAGCAACCCCAAAUUCUCAGACCCGAUGAGCUUGAUCGAUGCUACCGAGUUCUUGAACAACGGCGAAAUCGAAUACAGAAACGCCAAAAUUCUAGGUUUGGGAAAACCAAUUUUGAAUGAAGUCAACAUGGAGAAGAUGGGCGAUAAUAUGAUUUGGGUCACCGCUGUCUUGAAGCAAGCCGAUAUCGUCGGAGAUUACAAUGCUGCCAGUUCUAAAAAGACUGAGUCCGGACAGUUCAACAUCACCCUGAGAGAUAUCAUAUUCAAAGUGAAGUUCCUUCUGAACGAAUUCAUGGAAACUCGGCCAGAAAUCGACUCCAAGUCGUUGAUGUUCGGUCACCACGAGUCAACAUUCACCAACAUGGAAGUGUUAAACGAGUUGAACGGAAACACUCAAUUCGAAAACUUGUAUGUCUACUACUACAAUUACCUCAACAAGGUGAUCAAAGGCCGUAUCGCCGAAGAAAUGGCUGUCAGUUUCACACCCCUAAUUGCAAUGCGUCUCGCACAAGAGCUGAAAUCGACUGUCUUGUUCCCGACCAAAUCCAUGGCUGUCCCAAAAACCAACGCUUACAUUGCUCCCGGAAUACAAGCCAAGAUUUACAACACCAUGUUUAACGACUUGAGCGGAUCUAACAAAGUCCAAAAGAUGGUCAACUACACCGUCAACAAUGAUCAAAUUGAAAUGCUCUUCUGCUUCACAACGUUCGACCUGAGAGGCAACAAUGAAUGGGCUUUGAUAUACAACACCGGAAACGUGUACAAUGGCAAAGCUUCGUUCGCCAUAGAAAACGUUCAAACCAUGAUCGUAGUCACCAAACCUAACGGACAAGGAGAGGUUACGAAGAAGUUCUCAAAGACCACCGUCAAUGGGCUCACAGUGUUGUUGAAUAACGAUAACAACUGCGAAACUAUCAGGGAUUUGGCCCAUCAGCGUAUCCCGAAAGUCUUGGAAAACAGCUUGCAGACAUUCAUCGACGAUCAGACCGAGAUGGUAUUGUACCACCAAUUCGCCCUUAUUGGUUUGAAAUAUAAAAACUGACUUAAGGUUAUCUUAAAUUCAUAAUAAUAUAUUAUAUUGUAAUGCACAAAACAUUAAUUAAUGAUAAUCAAACAAUAAAAAUCAAACUUUAAAAAUACAACAAAAUUUAGAUUAUUUUUAAAUAAUAUAUAUUAUGUGUGUACCUACUUACAGUAUAAUUUGGUCAAAAUUUUCUUUAAAGCGUAUUGUUAAGUUAUAUUAAGUACAGCAUUUGGGUAUUGAGGCAGGUUUUAGAAAGUCAUAUUUUAGAAUGCCGAGUUUUAGAAUACUAAGUUUUAGAAACACUAUGUUUUAGAAAAUAAAACUUUUAGAAUACCAAGUUUUAGAAACACUGUUUUAGAAUUAAUAAAUUCAUCUAAAUUAUAAUUAGAAUCAUCGAAUAUUUAUUUACAUAUUUUACAUAUUUAAUUAUUUUUUUUUUUUUACUGUUUAUCCGUACUUAUAUAAAAUAUUUUCUAAUAAUUCUUUCAUAAAAAAAAAAUAAAUAUAAUAAUUGUCAUAAAAAAAAAUAAAUAUAAUAAUUGUUAAUACUUCAGAUUAUUAGCAAUAGCUCUCAUAAAUUCAUUUAAAUUAUAAUUAGGAUCAUUAACUAUUCGUUUACAUAUUUGUAAUAAGUUAUUAUUCCGCGUUUGAUUGUACUUUUUUCUUUUGAAUACUUGAUUUGAAAUCAACGAUUCGAUUGUUGCUUCAGUUUCAUGUUGUAAUAUGUCGUAUUCGACUAUAUAUGAAAUAAUCAUAUAUUAUAUCAAUAUAGAACCAUAAUUCUACGAUAAUUAUUAAACGAUAAUAUCUUACGAUAAUAGUGGGCAAUACUUAUCAAUAAAAUAGAAACUUGAUAACGAUUAUCGAGUAACAAAGCAUUAUAUUUAUAAAUAUUAUGUAUUUUGAUAUUUCCCGUUAAAACUCUGUAUUUAUUUAUUUUAUUUUCUAAAACACUAUUUAAUAUUUUUCUAAAACACAGAUUUUCUAAAAGUUUCAUAUUCUAAAAUAUAGAUUUUCUAAAUCUUGUCAUUCUAAAACUCAGCAUUCUAAAACUUGAUUUUCGAAAACAUGCACCCAAAUCCAGCAUUUGUUAUGAUACAUAUUUACAUUAAUAUUUAACUAUUCAAUUUUGAAUAAAUAAUAAUAAUGAGUCAUAAUAGUACUUUAUACUUAUUUCCCAUAAAAUGACCAUGAUUUGUUAAUUAAUAAUAUAUUUUACAGCAUAUAGAUUAUAAAUGUACUCGAAUUAAUUAAAAAUCAUAUAUAUAAGGCCCCUACAUUCGAAGAGUAAUUAAGCCACUCUAAUAUUUAAAUAUUAAUGGUAUUAAUAAUAUAAUAUACCAUUGGCGUUCGGUACUCAUCCACAAAGCAAACAAGAUUUAAACCUACCAAAGUUAGAUUGUGAGUGGGGGUGAGGAAGGCAUUUUUAAUUAAUAUUAAAUCUAAAUGAAUAUAGUUUAAUUUUUAUUAUGUUAUUAAAAGCAAUUUGCGUUAUUCGUCGUCGGUGAACAUUUUCUAGUGAACACUAUUAAAUAUAUUCUAUAAUGUUAAAAAUUAUUACGUACAAUUUAAUAUUACAGAUUUUUUUUAAACGUACAUCAUGUAGAUGGCGUGAAAAAAAUCAUUAAAAUGUAAAAACUGAACUAAAUAAUAUAAUGAUAUGAAAUAAUUUCAAUAGCCAUAAAAACGUUCACCUCAGUCUGCAUAUUAAUAAUUUGUUGUAAAAAUUAAAAAUCCCAUUCGUUAAA